AUGGAUCUGUUGGAUGAUGCUUCCAGGUCGGGCUUUACUUCACUCCCGCCUCUUCCAAAAACUGAGCAUAUGCAGCCAUUGGCGUCCGACGCUCAGACACCGGAUCAUUGGAUACCGCGAGAUGGCCGGAUGAUUCGACUCACGGGAAAACAUCCAUGCAAUGUCGAGGCCCCCUUGUCCGCGCUGUUCAACGCCGGAUUUCUUACACCCCAAAAUCUCUUCUAUGUUCGCAGCCAUGGAGAUACACCAAGGUUCAGCGCGAAACAAGCGCAUGAAUGGAAGCUCCGAGUUCACGGACUUGUGGAAAACGAGGUCGAAUUCUCGAUCCAGGAGCUGAAGGCGAAGUUCCCCGUUGUCACGCUUCCUGUCACUCUCGUCUGCGCUGGCAACCGUCGAAAGGAACAGAAUAUGGUCGUCAAGGGCCUCGGAUUCAAUUGGGGUGCAGCUGGUGUAUCAACCGGUCUAUUUACCGGCGUCUACCUAGCUGACGUGCUCAAAUACUGCAAGCCCAAGAAUCCCCUUCUAUCCGCAUACCCUAAUUAUGACGGACCAAUUCCUGGGCGCGCGCGCCAUGUUGUCUUUGAAGGUGCGGAUGAAUUGCCCAAGGGGAAGUACGGUACAUCGCAGAGGCUCAGCUGGGCACUAGAUCGCAGCAAGGGCAUGAUUAUAUCUUGGGGUCUCAAUGGCGAGGAUCUUUCUCCCGAUCACGGUUAUCCUCUGCGCUUGGUUGUGCCGGGCCAGAUCGGUGGUCGUAUGGUAAAAUGGCUUCAGCGGAUCGAAGUCUCGGACUGCGAGAGUCAGCAUUACUUGCACUACUUCGACAACAAGCUUUUGCCCACCACGGUAACGGCCGAUCAGGCAAGGAACGAAGACAGGUGGUGGCACGAUCCCAAGUACAUCAUCAAUGAGCUCAAUGUGAACGCAGCAAUCUGCUCGCCUGCUCACGAAGCUAUUCUUGAGCUGAACUCUCAUACACCUACCUCACAGAAGGUCGCCAUUGAAGGAUACGCCUACACUGGUGGUGGACGGCGUAUAACACGGGUUGAGAUAACUCUUGACGAUGGAGAGACUUGGAAAAUCUGUGAUGUAAGAUACCCAGAAGAUCUUUACCGGAUGUAUCCGAUCCACAACCACCCCUACUUUGGCAGCAUCGACCUUAGCACGACGGACAUGAGCUUUUCUUGGUGUUUCUGGAAGGUGGAUAUCGAUGUCAAGUCGCUGCUUGGAGAUUGUGACGCCGGGUUCGUUGCGGUGCGUGCAAUGGAUGAAGCUCUGAGCAUCAUGCCACGAGACAUGUACUGGAACGCUACUUCGAUGAUGAACUCUUGGUGGUUUCGCGUCGCUAUCUACAGGGAAAACAGUGGAAAGGCUCUCCGAUUCGAACAUCCAACUGUGCCAGGAAAUGCAAGCGGCGGCUGGAUGCAGCGACUCGUUGAAGACGGAGCGGAUCCGAGAUAUCCCAGACUUGGAGGGAACAGUGCUUCAUCCGGACUGACCUCCCUGGAUACACAUCGUCCUCAUGAAAGUCUAGCAGGCGAUAGUUACCACAGCAUUAUGAUCAAUCCAGACAAGGCAGCAACGAUAGUCACACUAUCUCAGCUUGUGGAACAUGCCAACGGGGAGAGCCCGUCUCCGUGGUUCAUAGUCGAAGGACAUGUAUACGAUGCAACAGCCUUCCUUUCAUCGCACCCUGGAGGGGAGCAGUCCAUCCGUCUGGCUGCCGGUGAAGAUGUCACCGAAGAUUUCAUGGCUAUCCAUUCCAUGGAUGCUAAGAGAAUGUUGCGAGACUACCACAUAGGAUCGCUGGAACAACCCGCAACACCAUCGACAGCUCCAAUGCCAAAAUACGAUACCCUGAAUGACACAUCAAAGCCUUUUCUUGAGCCGAAAGUAUGGAAGAAAGUCCGACUCGUGCACAAGAGAAGGGUCUCCUACGAUUCACGAAUCUUCCGUCUCGCUCUGCCUGAUGAACAUCAGCCUCUUGGUUUGCCAGUAGGACAGCACAUUUACUUGCGAAUAAGAAGAGUCGACGAAGCAAGUGGCAAAGUCCAGAUUGUGCAGCGAGCAUAUACUCCGUAUAGCUGCAACACACAGCGUGGAUUUAUCGAUCUUCUGGUCAAAGUGUAUUUCCCAUCAGGCAAGCCAUUACAGGGCAGUGCAGCUUUUGCAGGAGGUCAGAUGACCAUGCUAUUAGAAAACAUGACAAUCGAACGGAAUCAAAUGACGCUAGAGGUCAAGGGGCCAAUUGGUGAGUUCACCUACGUCGGUAACGGUCAGAUCCGGUGGAAGCCAAAUCACGGACAACGCAUCGUCAAAAGGUUAGCCAUGAUCGCUGGUGGCAGUGGUAUAACCCCGAUAUGGUCAACAUUGAAGGCUAUUGCAGACGAAUGUUCGACUUCCUUACUGAGCCAUAACAAUUCGGUCGAAGUAUGGCUUAUCUAUGGAAACAGAAAAGAGAGUGAUAUACUCAUUCGCGAGGAGCUUGACCAUCUCUCGCGUCGUAUGGACGGAAAUCUGCACAUCUGGUAUGUUUUGAGUUCCGAUGAACUCAAUGCAGGCUGGAGGAUGGGGCGCGGACACAUUGACUUGGAGUGUCUCCAACAACACCUUCCACCAGCGCCGUCUACCACAACUGGCGCGGAAUUAGGGGAUACGCUGGCAAUGGUGUGUGGCCCUCCGGCUAUGGAAGCAAGCGUCUCUGCUGAACUGCAAAAGCUCGGAUGGAGGGUGGAGCAAGAUAUUGUCUUUUUCUAG